AUGCGCGGGAACCGAAGAACGAAAAACACAUUCGUGGCUGUUGAGAGCCGUUCGCUUACUGAAUUCUACGCCUGGCGUAUCCCGGCUGCUAACCCGCGCUUUCCCCCCACCACGGGUCGUUCGUUGGCGGCAAGCUGCCCCACCAUCCGACGCCUUUUCCACCACUCUCGAUGUCCCCCCACUGACGUCGAGAUCCGCAUCCGGGAAUGUUGGUGGGAGCAACGGAGGGGUAGACAGUCUACCACCAACGUCGAUGGUAAUCUUGCCGCGGUCCGUAAAGCACGCUUUACCCCUGCGGUCAAGUGCGAAAAUUGCAAUGAAAGCAUCGAGACACCAACACCGGGCCUUCUCUCUCUUCCACCGUCUCCUUGUCCCACAGAAAACCGAGAAGGAGAACAGCGGGAAGAAAUUUUGGCAACCUUUUAUGGCCGCUGGCAUCCGAGCGCGAGUCUGACAACAGGCAAGGUUCAUCCGACCCCGGUGAUCUACGUAACUACAAACGACUUACCGAUCGUUCGUUGAACGCAAGUAGGAGGACGAAUUCAGUGGCUCGUGGAUCUGAGAAAUGUUCGAC